GUACCUCGUUCAACUGCAGUGGUGGAUCUUGAAGUGGGCUGGCGUUGCCUUAAUUUGAGACACCUAUGGUUAAUGAUUGCAGCACUGGAGUUUGAGAGUAUAAAACAGGCAGCUAAGCACUUCUCACCCCUACCUUCACUGUCUGCUGUCAUGUCUUUCUCUGGAAAGUACCAGCUGGAGUCUCAGGAGAACUUUGAGCCUUUCAUGAAGGCCAUUGGUCUCCCUGAUGAACUCAUCCAGAAAGGCAAAGACAUUAAGAGCGUCUCUGAGAUUGAGGAGAAUGGUGACAACUUCAAAGUGACAGUCACCACCGGCUCAAAGGUCCUCGUGAAUACCUUCACCAUUGGACAGGAGGCAGAGCUGGAGACCGUCACUGGGGAGAAGGUCAAGGCCGUGGUUCAGCGUGAUGGCAACAAGCUGAAGGUCUCCCUGAAGGGAAUCGAGUCAGUCACAGAACUGGUGGACUCACUCACAAUUGUCAAUACUAUGACUGUUGGUGGCAUCGUGUACAAAAGGACAAGCAAACGCAUUUAAUGUCUGCACUUGGGAUAAUAAAACGUCAAAAAGGCA